AUGUUCGCAUUAAGAACACCCACAAAACCUCGCACCUCCACGACACCAGACAUAAAUCUGGAGAAGACUUCUACUGUAGCGAGCGGAACACAAGUACCAAGAGAAAGCAAAGUUAGGAAGAGUAUAGACCAGUGGGAGGGGACAACUGCAGAAGAGGAAGAAAGAGGGAAAGGUAAAGAAUGUAAAGAGUAUAAGAGUCGCACCACGGAAGCAUUGGCGCAAAGACAGAGCGUAAGCAAACAUUUAAGUAUGUCAAGAAAUAUAAAGGGAGAAAUAAAAACAGCAAUCACGGAGGCAGUCAAAAAACUAUAUGAACUUGUAAAGGAAACUGAAGCUGAACUCAAAAGAGAGGAAUUGCCAAUAAACAAAACCUAUAACAUAGACGGUAACGGAAACACGAGAAGCACGCCGCAAAUCGAUACAGAAAAAUUAGAAGAACAAAUAAAACGGCUGGAAAAAGAAAACGACAGGAUGGAGGAAACCAGCAAACAACUAAAAGAGGAUAUAAAAGCUCUUAAUACACAACAAGGAAACAGUAUAGUUGAAGAAAUGAAAAUGGAACUAAGAGAAUACAGACGCGAGGAAGAGGAAAGAGAAAAAAGGAUAGAAGGAAAGAUUUUGACGUACGCAGAAGCGGCAGCAAUUAAGCAAAGAAACACUGAAACGAAUGAAGAUGAAACGAACAAAACCCUGAACAAACGAGGGCAAAUGCACUCGAUUAUAAUAAAGUCCGCAGGCACAGAAACGAGCGAAAAAUUACUAGAACGCAUCCGGAACACGGUAGACGCCAAAAACACCGGACUCAAUGUAGACAAAAUCAGAAAAGUAAAAGAUCAAAAAAUAGUUAUAGGAUGUACCACCACGGAGCGACUUGAUAAAAUCACAGACCGCUUAAAGACCGACUCAUCCUACAUAGUGGAAACUGCAAUCACCAAGGACCCGCUGGUCGUCCUCAGAGACGUGAUAAAAGCCCACACAGAUGAGGAUGUGGUGAGUGCACUUAAAAAUCAAAAUAGGAACCUCUUCAAAGACCUGCAGGAGGAGGAUAUAAGAGCAGCGGUAAAAUACCGAAGGCGGGCAAGAAAUCCGCACACUGAGAAUAUAAUUCUCCAGGUCUCUCCGCGUGUGUGGAAAAUGCUCACAGAAGCAAAAAGGGCGCACAUAGAUCUACAACGAGUAUCGGUGCAGGAUCAAACACCACUAAUACAGUGCUCGAGGUGUCUGGGUUACGGCCACGGGCGAAAAUAUUGCAAAGAAGCCGACCCAACCUGCUCGCACUGUGGAGGAUCCCACCUGAAAGUCGACUGCCCAGACCACACAGUGGGAGUACCACCAGUAUGCGUAAACUGCCGGAAGGCAAAUACUGGCCCGAAUGCACACAACGCCUUUGAUAUCGAGUGCCCAGUUCGGAAAAGGUGGGACAUGUUAGCCCGCAGCCCAGUGGCCUAUUGUUAA